AUGCCUGUCGCGGACACCAAUGAAGCAUUAACCGCCAAAUCACACUCCAAAAACCAACCCGACUACCCAUCUUGGAGCCAAUCAAGCCUCAUAUCCCGCAUCACCGAACUCGAACGCCAAUUGAACUACUACCAAAACAACAACGAUGGCAAGAAACAAGCAGAUGGGAGUAAAGAGCACAUUAGCUCUAUAACAGAGACCGCAGCCUCUCACUCUCCUUCGCGCUCCAGCCCUAACAAAAAGCACCGCGACAUUGACCCAUCGAAAUACAACACGCGCUUCAUCGCGCUGAAAUUCGCCUAUCUGGGUCAGAGAUAUGGUGGCUACGAGCAUUCUAACGGCAAUAUCACCCCUUUGCCAACUAUCGAAGAGGAGUUGUGGAAGGCGCUGAGAAAGGCACGGUUGAUCUUUCCACAAAGCGUGGAGGGAGAUGGUCAAGCCCAGGUGGAGCGUGGUGAGGGGGAGCAAGGGGAAGGAGAAAGAUUGCAUAUAAUUGAUUGGACGGGCUGUCAGUAUUCGAAGUGUGGAAGAACAGAUAGGGGGGUUAGUGCGUUUGGGCAGGUUGUUGGGAUUAGAGUGCGGAGCGCACGGCCGAAAAAACAGGUUGUGACAGAUGGGAGAGGAAAGGAGGGUCCAGGGGCUGUUGGCAUUGCAGCUGUAGCUACUCCGGAGAUUUCCUCUACUACUCCUGAUGCCUACAGAAGCGGAGCAGAAACCCCACUUGUUGGAGCGUCUGGUUGUGCUUCAGAAGAGUCUGACAAUGAAGAUGAAUGGGAUGACAUUGCAGAUGAACUGCCAUACAUAACUAUCUUGAACAAAGUGUUACCAGAGGAUAUCCGCGUGUUAGCAUGGUGUCCGAACCCUCCAUCAGAUUUCGAUGCUAGAUUCUCGUGUCGCGAACGCAGGUACCGGUAUUUCUUCACGCAGCCGGCCUUCUCUCCAACUCCUGGUCCUCUUGGCUUUCUGAAACGGGGCAGUGAUCAGAAAAGUUCGGGUUCGGAUAGUUAUCCAAGUACAGAACUGAGAGAAGGGUGGUUGGACAUCGAAGCCAUGCGUGAAGGUGCGAGAUAUCUUAUAGGAACCCACGAUUUUCGAAAUUUCUGCAAAAUCGACCCGAGCAAACAGAUUACAAAUCACGUGCGCCAUAUUUACCAUGCCGACAUCGAGCUGUUGGACCCUCAAACAAAACCACUGUCAUAUCUGGGUCAACCUGAAUUCCAGGCCCUUGAAGCUGGAAAUGGAGAAGUGGACCGGAAUUUGGUGACAAAGGACUCAUUGUUAUCGUCAUCUAAUAUGAAAAUAUACUCCAUAACAAUCCAUGGCUCUGCGUUCCUCUGGCAUCAGGUUCGACAUCUGGCUGCAAUUCUCUUCUUAAUUGGUCAGGGACUCGAGCGACCGUCGAUAAUUCCAGAGUUGCUAGAUAUCGAGAAGAAUCCUCGGCGACCCACAUAUGAGAUUGCUUCCGAUGCGCCUCUAGUUCUUUGGGAUUGCAUAUUCCCCCAUGGAAGGAGCGGAAGCAGGGAAGAUGGAUUGGAUUGGGUCUAUGCGGGCGAUUCACGGGCUGCAAAGGUUGGGAAGGGAGAUAAUAACAAGUUUGGUCUUGGGAGUACUGUUGAUACCCUCUGGAAGGUGUGGAGGCAACGCAAGAUUGAUGAGAUUCUAGCGGGUGAACUUCUUGAUCUCGCGGUGAGUCAGUGCGACAGGAGUGCUCUCUCCCGGGGUGGAUUCAAGAAUGCGACUCCAGAUCUGGAGAACAGAAGUCAGAAAGUGUUCUAUGGGGGUAAUGAAGGGAAAUUUGGAGGCAAAUACGUGCCUGUGAUGGAGAGGCGUAAGUUGGAUACUGUGGAGGCGAUCAAUGCGAGGUACACGAAAAGGCCUGGGAGGAAAGGUAUUGAAAACGGCGAAAGGGGGGGGUCGAUCUGGUAG